UCGAGCUGUGUGGUUCCUGCAGGAAGACGAUAAGUGAUAGAAGAUGAUAUCAGUUCAUGUUUUCUUCAGGUCCUUUCACAGCUAUAGAUGGCUCAUGUUGGUAGAUUGAAGCUGGACUGACCAUGUUGACACAUGCUUGAUUUUCCUUGUUUACCUCCUGAACAACAGCUCACCACUGAUUUAUUGUCUGGUGGGUGUUCUCAGCCUUCAACCUCCUUCCCACUGGCUGCACCGCUGGAAGAGAGCCAAAUCUCCAAACUGACCUAUAUUUCCCAAAAUGAAUUUCGACCAGAUCCUCUCCGCCAUCGGAGGCUUCGGCAAAUAUCAGAAAAUAUUGUACAUAUGGAUUUGUUUACCCCAGAUCCUCCUCGCCUUCCACAUGAUGGUGAGCAUCUUCACCGGAGCCACGCCGCCGUUUCACUGUCGGGAGAGCCCGAGCCCAGUAUCCGGGAAUAAGUCCUCCUUCCCCGGUACACUCAGCCUGAACUUCAGCCUCUCGGACUCCCCCUGCUUCUCUUCCGACGUCCUGCCUCAGAGCAACCGGACUGAGCGCGUCCCAUGUGGCCACGGAUGGGUGUACAGCAAGGAGACUUUCCAGAGUACCACAGUCACAGAGUGGGACCUGGUGUGCGACAAAGCUGGGCUGAACAGUCUUGGUUCGUCCGUCUACAUGUUUGGCCUGUUGGUGGGAUCCCUAGUGUUUGGAGCCAUGGCUGACAGGUACGGCCGACGUUUCAUCUUGCUGCUGUCCAUCGCUCUUCAGACUGUGUUUGGAGUCGCUGUGGCCUUUGCACCCAACUUCGCCGUCUAUGUGAUUCUUCGCUUUCUAGUCGGCACCACCAUAUCUGGAGUCAUCAUCAAUGCCUUUGUACUCGGCACUGAGUGGACGUGCACCAAGAGGCGCAUGCUCGCCGGUAUCAUCACAGACUACGCGUUUGGUCUGGGCUACAUGCUCCUGCCAGGCAUAGCAUACCUGAUACGAGACUGGAGAAAGCUGCAACUGGCUAUAUCGGCCCCCGGCUUCCUGCUCAUCUUCUAUAUAUGGGUGGUUCCUCAGUCUGCCAGAUGGUUGUUGGCCAACAAUAGGAGGGAGGAGGCCAUCGCACUCCUCCGUAAGGCAGCACUUGUUAAUGGUCGGGUCUUGCCUCCGGCUGUACACGUUGAGAAGAUUUUAGGUGGAGGGAAGCAAAGUCAUUCAGCAGUGGAUCUUGUACGAACACCUCAGAUGAGGAAGAGGGCUAUCAUCUUGUUCUAUAUCUGGUUUGUGAACGUGCUGGUGUAUUACGGCCUCUCACUGGGUGUGUCCAGAUUGGGGACAAACCUCUACUUGACCCAGUUUGUGUUCGGGUUGGUUGAGAUCCCGGCUCGUUCUCUUGUCCUGCUUGUCCUGCCCUGCAGUCGCCGGCUAUCCCAAAGUGGAUUUCUCGCUGUGGGAGGGAUCGCUUGUCUGCUCAUGCUCGCUGUCCCUGCAGAUCAUCCCAAUGUCCUGACUGGUCUUGCCAUGGCAGGGAAGUUUGGUAUAACAGCUUCCUUUGCUGUAAUCUAUGUCUACACUGCUGAGAUAUUUCCCACUGUGCUUCGGCAAACAGGAAUAGGUGUAUCCUGUAUGUUUGCGAGGGUGGGCGGUGUGUUAGCACCAAUAAUAAACAUGCUUCACAACCACAGCCCCACUACACCUCUGGUCAUCUUCGGGACCGCCCCGCUGCUGGGUGCUGUCCUGGCCCUAGCACUGCCCGAAACUGCCAACAGACCUCUUCCUGACACAGUAGAGGAUGCAGAGCACUGGGACAUGAGGUCGCCUCCCAACAAGGAGAACCCUGAGAUACCUGAGGAUAUCAACCAAUCAGCCAGCAGCACAGAGGAGCAGGAGCUACGGCAUCUAGCAAGCCAGGACUAAGUGUGUGUAAAAGGAUGCACACAUUCCAUUAUUCACAUAUUAUACAGCCUCAACCUUGUUACCUGAUACAGUACUCAACACAACAUCCUCUAUGCAAUUACAUGUUAGGAUCAGAGCUCUAUGCAGGAAAGCCAAACACAUUUCCACCCAACUAGCUUGCAGGUGCACACACGCACACAGCAGGCAUUCAUUUAAGCUACCAAGGAAAAUCAACAGCCUACUGUUGCAGGUAAAGGUAAAUACAGGUAAAGUCAGAUAUAAAUUGUUGUCCUUUGCAAUUUGUGCAUUUCUCAGAUGUUUACACCUUCAUUCCAGUUUUGAGACAUGGUUUGAUAUAUUUUACAUACGUGAUGCCGUUGAAUAAAUGAGCCUGGAAGACAAAUCUGCAGAACUAUAAAAGAAUAGAUCCCCUCAAGACUUUGCAGACACACAGAUUGCAUAUUUGUAUACAUUUUUAAAUCUACAGGCAUCAGCUCAGAGAUUUUUAAACCUGUGCUGAUUUGAAAAAUCAGAUUAGACAAGAAGACUUCAGACUGACACUUAAUGCAGUACAUACAGCCCUGCUGAGCAGCUAUUGUUAGGACUUGAUAUUUUUCAGGACUGAAGGGUUUAUUACAUUUUGGCAUUGAGUAAAAGCACAUAAUAUUUUUGGAUAAUAAAACAUAUCUGUGGACUGUUUGUGGAGUGUCUUUGUUGUAUCUUAAAGCUGUAUUGAACAAGCAACUGCCUCGUUUUCUAUGUUCUCAUUCUCGAGCCAAGGAAAAUAAAACUAGUCAAGUGAGAUUGCAUGCACUAGUUAACUUUAUUAUGUCUAAUGUAGCCUUUUGUUGGACUAAUGUCGUUAAUUAUUAGUUUUGUCUGAAAACUAGGAGUUGUAACUGUGAUCAGCAUGUGAAGAUAUGU